CAUGGAUGGACGCCACUCUACAUUGCAUCCGAAAACGGGCACGAGGCCGUGGUGGGAUUCCUCCUCGGCGCUCAAGCCAACGCCAACCAAGGCGACUACUAUGGAACGACCCCACUGCACAUUGCGGCCCAGAAUGGGCACGAGACGGUCGUGCAACUCCUUCUUGGCGCUGGUGCAGAUGUCAACAAGGGCAUGGAAGUACGUCUCGACGCAUCGUGA